UGCCCCGAGUGCUCUUUCUCUUCUUGCUGGCUCUGCUGACCCAGCCAGGUGAUGGCAACCAGGGCAGUGCCACUGGGAGCUGUUCCUGUGGUAAGACAAUUGCUCCUGGCACCCUGGUACCGCCUGCUACCUUGACUCAUAUCCGAAAACACCUGAAAGCAUACGAUCGCUGUCCGUUCCUCAUCAGGUUCCACUUAAAGUCCACGAGUGUGUGUGGGAGAAAGCAAGACCAGUGGGUCCGUGAAGUGAUAAGCUGCUUUGAGAACAAAGAGUGUGGACAUGGCCACGGGAAGAGUCUCCCCCACCAGGAGCCUUUGCCUCACGCUAGCACCCAGAUCCCCGUGACCACAGAGGGGACACCUCCAGACACAAGCACCCCUGCACAGAUUCAGAGUACCCACCAGUCCACUUUUCCAUCUGGUGCACUGUCCUUGAACAAAGAGCUCACCCCCCACAGUGAAACCACUGCUGUCACUUCAGGCUAUGAAACCACUGCUGUCACUUCGGGCUAUGAAACCACUGCUGUCACUUCAGGCUGCGAUCCAGAAGCUAGACCUAAGGCUAAGGCAAAUAAAAAACAGCAAGAGAACAAACAGCAAAAAGAAAAACCAGAAUCUUCAGCUGGCACACCAGGCUUGGUACCAGUGCUGUCCCUCCUGGUCAUUGUUUUCUUUCUCACAGCAGCCGUGGUCUAUAUGCUGUGCACCAGGAGGAGAGUGAGGCAGCAGCGUUCUGCAGAUCUGCAGCUCCGUUAUGCACCUGUAAACCAAGACUCCAGAGCCUGAAACAAGAAUGGAAGCUUGGGAGAAGGCUCAGGAGACGGCAGUAGACUGUGUUCUAUCAACCAACUGUCCCUUCGUUCAUUCUCCCUUAAACUGAGACAAAGCACUCAUCUCAUAAUCCAGGACAGCUUUGAGUUACUCAUUCUCAUUCUCUAGGUUCUGGGAUCACAGACAUAUGACGAAUCUGCCCUAAUUUACCUCUGUAAAUAAUGUAUACAUUUUUUAGAGUUUUGUUUAGCCUGCCUCAAAUUCUUAUGUAUCUGAGGUUGACUACUGAUCCUUCUGCCUCCACUUCCAUAGUGCUGGAAUUACACACUUGCUAAACAGCUUUUAUUUUAUUUUAUUUUUUGAGACAGAUUUCACUAUUCAGUCCUGGCUUUACAGUGUUGGGAUUAAAGGACUGUACCUGGCCCUUGAGAAACACUCUUUUGUUUUGGGGGUUUAUUUGGUUUGGUUUUUUGAGAUAGAGUUUCUCUUUGUAACAGCCUUGGCUGUCCUGAAAUUCACUUUGUACACCAGGCUGACCUCAAACUCACAGAGAUCCACCUGCCUCUGCCUCCUGAGUGCUGGAAUUAAAGGUGUGUACUACUUUUAAUGAUUAAUAAUAUAUGAGUAGCCCCACUGCCCUUAGUCCUCUCCCCUGUGGCUAAUAAAAUGUAAUACUCUAAAUUAUGUGGUCUAAAAGUACGGUCCCUUUGUAGAGUGCCUGCCUCACAUGUGUAAAAUUCUAGGUUCAGUCCUCUCACUAUGGAUACAUUAAUUUUUAAAAAUGUCUGUUUUAUACAUUGUAUAGCAAUAAACUGGACAAAUUCUA